AUGCAGUCAGGAAUCUCCGCCUCCAAGGAGCUGGUCUCCCAAUUCAACGACCUCCUCCGCUCCGAAUCGACCUUUGGUCUCCUCGUCAACAUUUCCAACGAGCAACUCACGCCCAUCCAAACCCUGACCUCCUCGUCAGGCUCCGGGAGCGCCUCCUCCUUCGCCUCCAAUGUCGACACCCUCCUGACCCCUCACAUCAAGGAGAAAGAAGCUCUCUACAUCAUCCUCCGCCGCUAUGACUCCUCGCCCGCGCUGGUCGCCGUCACCUACGUCCCCGACACCGCUCCCGUGCGGCAGAAGAUGUUGUUCGCCUCUACGCGCUUGACGCUGGUCCGCGAGCUCGGGUCCGAACACUUCCGCGAGACCAUCUUCGCGACCACCGCCAAGGAGCUGACCAGCCAAGGAUUUGAGAAGCAUGAUGCCCACACGAAGCUGGACGCGCCGCUGACGGAGGAGGAGAAGAGUCUUGGCGAGGUGAAGAGGGCUGAGCAAGAGGCUGGCGCGGGGACGAGUAAGCGGGAGAUUCACCUGGGGACCCAUAUGGCUAUGCCGAUGGGGGAGGAUGCGCUUGAGGCUCUUAGGGGGUUGUCUUCUGAUAGUGGUAAUGGGUUGGUGAUGCUGAAAGUAAACCCCACCUCCGAAACCAUUGAGCUGGUACCCUCCUCUUCCAACCCAUCUUCCAUCGCCGACCUCGUCCAAGCCAUCUCCCCAUCCGAGCCGCGCUUCACCUUCUUCCGGUAUACACACACGCACAGCGGCUCCGAGGAGUCGCCCAUUUUGUUCUUCUACACCAACCCCAGCUCCACCGGUGGCCGCAUCGCCAUCAAGCAGCGCAUGCUGUACCCGCUCAUGAAGCGGGCCGUUCUGGAGGUGGCGAGCAAAGAGGGGCUGAACCCGGAUAAGAAGUUUGAGGUGGAAGAGCCGAGCGAGAUCACGGAGGAAAGCGUGUUGAGUGAGUUGCAUCCCAAGGUGGUGCAGAGUAGGGGGUUUGCUAGGCCGAAGAGGCCUGGUGGCAGGUAA